CAGCCUUGGUACGCAGCCGCAGUGCGAUCACGUGGUUGUGUGCGAGCGGUAGGGAGAGCGGCGCAGGCGCAAGACGCGUGAAUUUAGGUUAGGGAGAAACAGCUGAUGCGUCUCUUCCGUGUUUGGCAGAGAAACUUUUUUGUGUGCAAUAGGAUCGUCGUCAGGUUGACUGAGAUCAACAACUUGCGAUGAUCCCGGCCACCGCGGCCGCUCUUCAGAGUCGAUCUUAAGCGGAAGGAGUCGCCUGUUCAUCGACGGUGACGUUUCGCAACAGCUGACGGAUCAUCUGCAUGGUCAAGAUGGCAGGAUCGGCACUCAGACGACUGAUGGCGGAGUACAAACAGCUAACCUUGAACCCGCCGGAAGGCAUCAUCGCCGGUCCGAUUAACGAGGAAAACUUUUUCGAAUGGGAAGCCCUCAUCACUGGACCAGAGGGCACAUGCUUCGAAGGUGGAGUAUUCCCAGCGAAAUUAAUAUUUCCUCCGGAUUACCCAUUAAGCCCUCCCAAGAUGCAGUUCACCUGUGAGAUGUUUCAUCCUAACAUCUAUUCAGAUGGAAGAGUCUGCAUAAGCAUACUGCAUGCACCUGGUGACGAUCCAAUGGGUUACGAAAGCAGUGCGGAAAGAUGGAGUCCAGUGCAGAGUGUGGAAAAGAUACUGUUGAGUGUAGUAAGCAUGUUGGCUGAACCAAAUGAUGAGAGCGGUGCUAAUGUGGACGCCGCCAAAAUGUGGAGGGAAGAUCGUAAAGAAUUCGAGAGGAUAGCUCAAAAGCUGGUGAGAAAGACUCUGGGUAUUCCACCUUAAAAUGAAAUUUUCUACUGAAAAGGAAGAGAAAAGAAUAAAACACACUCGGGAACGGUGGUACAUUGUUAUUUUUUCGGUUGAUGGCAUUCCUGUAAGAAAUAAUAAAUCUUUACCUGUUUAUCAAAUAAAUCUCGUCUAUGCAAAUA